AUGCCCUCCACCGAAGCCGACGCCGCAACCUACGCCACCACAUCCACCACCGACUUCUACACCCUCCUCUCCAUCCCCACCACCGAGACCUCCCCCAGCGCACUCCGCAAAGCCUUCCGCCAACAAUCCCUCAAAUGGCACCCCGACAAGAACCCGGACCCCGCGGCAGCAGAGACCUUCCACCUCCUCACCGUCGCCUACGACGUUCUCUCCGACCCAGGCACGCGCGCCGCCUAUGACGCCGCGCGCAACGCCCGCCUGGCACGGAAGCGCCGCACAGAGGCCUUCGACGUCGACCGCCGCCGCAUGAAGGAGGACCUCGAGAGCCGCGAGCGCGGCGCGAAAAAGGCACGCACCGAGGUCGAGGAGGCGGAGGAGGCGUUUGAAAGGAUGCUCGGGAAGCUGCAGAAGGAGGGCGCGGAGCUGCGAAGGCGGCGCGAGGAGGCGCUGAGGGCUGCUGCGAAGGAGGCUGAAGUCGAGGCUGAGGAGGAAGCGGAGGCGGAAGCGCCGGUGGGCUCGACGAGGUUCACGGAGCUCGACCGGACGCUGAAGGAUGUUGUUGUGCCGCCGCUGACGGCGCCACGGGAGGGCGAGAAGGAGAAGAAGUUCCGCACGGCGCUGGUCGUGUUUGUGUCUAUUGUUUCUGCGCACGCCGCUGUCUGCGAGGCCUCUUCCGGGGGUCGCGGGGGGGAGCUGGCGGUGUUUAGGGAUGUGACGUGGGCGUCGGGGAAGGAGCCGGAUUUGACGCAUGAGGUGGGGAAGGGGAGGAGUGAGGUGCCGGAGGCGAAGGCGGGGCCGAGGUUUGCGUCUUUUGGUGGAGGAGGUGGUGGGGGUGCGGGAGUGGGGACGGGGCAGGGGACGGACUAUGAGAGCAUCACGUUGAUGCGCAUGAGGGCGGCGGAGAAGGCGAGGAUUGAGGCGGAGAUACGGCGGCAGGACGAGGAGGCGGAGGCUGCGGGGGCGGAGGCGGAGGCGUUGUCGUAG